AUGGCCUCCCAAUUGCCUCCAGGCACGGACCUCUGCAAGAUCCCGGCAGCCGUGCCUCCUCCAGGGGUGAUCCCCAAGCUUGGCAGCCCUGCACCUCUUGCGCCGGCUAUUGUCGCAGUAUCGGCAGUCAUGUUGGCAUUUUCCACAAUAUUCAUUGUUGGUAGGGUGUGGAUAAACCUGCGCAAGUUAAAAACUGCAGACUACUUUGCAAUCAUCGGUUACGUCUUGAGUGUAGCCUAUAUUGUGCUCAUAUUUUCUAUUCUAAAAUAUGCUGGACAUCAAUGGGACGCUCCAGCAUGUUGGUUCAACGGGAAUUAUAUGAAGAUUCUCUUCGUCCAGGGCAUGCUCGUCGGUCCAGCCGCCUUCUUCGCCAAGAGCGCCAUCUUGCUGCUCUAUCUCCAAAUCUUCAUUGCGCAUACGGAUAUGCGCAUUGCCGUAUACGUGGGCAUCGUCUUCACUGGCCUGAUCUACUGGCCGUCCAUUCCUCUUGAGAUUGCAAUCAAUGCUCCACACCCAGGCGACACAUGGGCUGAUCUCUUGGUCAAUGGGCAAGUCCAGAAGCUCCUCCCCUGGGGAGUAGUCCAGGGGUCAUUGGCCGUUGUCAUCGACUUGUACAUUUUCAUUCUGCCGCAACCAGUUCUGUGGAGGCUAAACAUGUCUCUGAGAAAGCGAAUUGCUGUAUGCGCCGUCUUUUUUACUGCUUUGAUGGGUGUCAUCGCCAGUGUUAUUGGGCUUGUCUUCCGAGCUGAGUUGUUAAGCACAAUAGAUAUCAUUUACACACAAAACAAGUGCUUCAUCUGUGUCAUCGUUGAAAACAGCAUUGCCCUGAUUGUAGGCUCUGUCCCAGCUUGGAAAGCCAUCUGGAAGAAGCAUAUCAUCACGUCCAAACUCUACAAGACGCUUACCUCCAAGCUACACGGCAAUAGCACUGACCAUGGCGACGAUGCGCACAUUUCAAAGGCCUUUGGCUUCAACAGGCCCGCCUCCAGGGCACAGGCACCAAAACAAAACGGUUCAGAGAAGAGCCUGCAGCGGUUUGUGUCGCAUAGGGAAAACACUGACAACGAAUUCGGCAACUACUAUACGCCCCCGGUUGUCCAGAUUCAAGGUGGCAGCCAAAACGGGCAUAGAAAGGCUGAUUCCGAGGAUAUGAGUGCCGGAGGAAUCGUUCGCAAUUACGACAUUACGCGGGAAGUCCAUCCCGACGAACAGGUGUAG